AUGCAACUCCCUACGCAGAUAAACCGGAUUGAAUUCCAGAUCAUCGCCCAGCCGAACCACGGAGACGUCCUGCGUAGUCAGGGUGUAACCAGCAGUGGAUUCAAAAAGACGGAAGUAUUCACCCUCUACGAGGUAAUCCAUCACUCGGUCAAAUACAUAAGCCACCCUGUGGACGAACGAAGCGAGAUUGUACACUGGUCCGACUCGUUUCUUGUCAACCUCACCGACGGUAAAAACACGCAAGAGACCCCUUACAACUUUACCUUUGUGAUUCUACCAAAUAUCGUGUCGAUCAGGGCGAGGUCGUUUCAAGUUGCCGAGGGAGAAGAUGUUAUUCUUCCAGCAGGCACUAUAGAGGUUCUUCAUCCUUACCUGAACACCCAGCUCGGUUUCAUCGUCAUCAAUGAGCAACCAAGUAAUGGAACCUUUGUAAAUGUCGCAUCCGGCGAAGAGAACAUCUCUAAUUUCACUACAGCUGACCUGAAAGCUGGGCAUAUAGAGUACCACCACAAUGAUGCCGAGAAGGAGAAGGACAGAGUAAAGUUAACAUAUGAAGCCCAUCAACAUGUCUAUCCCGAAAACCAAACUCAACCGGGAAGUUUUCCCGAGGGUUUUAUGCGCACCAGUGACGUGGUGACACUGGAUAUCAACAUAAUCACCAAAAAUGACCGUGGGCCAGAAAUACGCUCAGGGAAUGAAAGCACGCUCGUGAUGUGGGCGGAGGACUGCGCCUUUCUCUCAGUGCAACAUCUCGAUGUAGUGGAUCUCGACACUCCAAACAGCAAGCUGAUUUACACUUUCAAUUUCACCUCGAUCGACGCGUACAUUUCCCACAUUAACGAAUCCAAGAGCAUUGAGGUCCACACCUUCACACAGGAAGACGUGGUGAACAGCCUCAUAAAGCUAUUCCAUCAGAGUGGCGAGACAGGGGUAAUGCAUUAUACGGUGACAGAUGGCGAUUUCUCGGCCUCUGGAAAGCUCCUCAUUGAAACACACCGACUUGAAAUUGUGGUGCUACGGAACAAUCCUUUGAUAGUCCCAUUCAUUGGAAUGGUAGCCAUAACAUCUAAUGAGCUGGAAGUGGGCACUAGUGAUGUAAAUACAAGCAUAUCACGGUGCUUUUUCAAUGAAGCGGUCGAGUAUCAGUUUGAGGCGGACUAUGGCAUCAUUGUCGUUAACGGAACGACUAAUGCCACAUCUUUCACUGAUGAUGAUGUCAAAAGGGGGCGUGUGUACUAUCAACACACAAAGCCGGAAAUUUGGGAGUCACUCGAGACAUUGAAACUGAAGGCUAAGGCAAUGCUCACCCACGUGAAAGAGUUUGAAUUGGAAAUAACGAUUGAUCUCCCGUCCGAACCCAACAGCCCACUAGCCGUGCACAAAUCUCUGGCUGUGAUAGAGGGGGGUCGUGCAUGCCUCAACGAAAGCAUCCUUGAUGCCAGAAACAUCCGCUACAAUGCUACAUACGAUACUGUCAACCACACACUCACCUCCUGGUUCGUUUUCUAUUACUCCGAAGACUCACACGGAGAAAUUUUGCUGGAGGGUAGACGGCCGCCAGGGACCCCACCGAGGGUAUCCCAAGAUCAGAUUGCUAACGGUUCAGUGUGCUACCAGAACAAUGGAGACGAGAACACCAGGGAUCUGCUGAAAUUUUCAGUCCUCAUCGAAGACAACGAUAGUGGUCUUUGGGGAUACAGGCUUAACCUCAUCCUUAACGUCUCAGUGACAUUGAUCAACGACGAGGCCCCGAUUGUAGUUAGCUCCACUCUAAUGAUGCCGGUUGUGGAAGGAUUUUCGGUGCCUGUUACAAAUGAUUCCCUUUCAUUGGUUGACGAGGACAACCCUGCCUCAGAUCUUGUCUUUACCGUCGUCGAUCUACCUCCAGGGGGACACCUGUUACUAGACGGAGAUCACAUGCUCCAAAAACAGAGCACCUUCACCCAGGUAAUGGUUAAUGAAGGAAGGUUGAGAUUUGGAGCGCAGGAUAUCGGCGAGUGGACCGCACUCCUCUCGUUCACAGAUGGAACUUUCACUAACGUUACCAAUUUUACUGUACUCAUCAAAGAGCACUUUGUCAAAGUGGUGGGGACCAAUGUGUUGAGAUAUUCUCAGAAUGAAAACGGAGCCCACCUGACAUCGAAGCAUAUUGUGACGGAAACAAAUGGACAAUCAAAUGAAACGGUCUACUUUCUCGUCGAAGCUCCCGUAAACGGAGACCUGAAGGGGCUAAGAGAGGGUCAGUUCUUCACUCAGAGUGACCUGCUGGAUGAGAAAGUGUCGUACGUCCCAACAAAUUUCAGUGCUCAUUCCGAUUCAUUCAAAAUGAAUGUGAGAAACCGUGAGGCUGAAAACAGCACCGUCGCGAUAGACGUCAGGGUGGACGUAUGGGGACAGGUGAAGCAGAAUAUCGAACUGAACUUUGAUUCCAUGGCCGAAGGCGACUUGUCCCUACCUCUCCCCAAGAAUAUCCUUCAGUUGACAGACCUGCAGUUCUUCAUUCAACGGCCUCCCGUCAUUCACGUCAUGCAGCAGCCCAAGCUGGGAUUUCUCGAGGUGAAAGUUUCCACGACUUCUCGAAAACGGCGGGCAACGUCACCCACACCCUCCGAUAAGUUCUUCUACAAUUUUCUCGACUACAACUGGGUGUACUACACGUGGAACGCCUCAAAUGUGACACUAGAGAAUCCCAGCGAAGAAGGUGUGCAUGAUUCUUUCUCUAUUCUUGUGGAGGGAUACGAAGGUAUUCAACCGGGGGAAGCAAAUAUUACCCUCUACAUUAAGAAUCCACCAGUGCCUGUAGAUUACCCACUGCCACCCACGGAUGGGCAACCGUCACCAUCAGAUUCUCCUACUGUCUACACGGCCUUUGUGGAAGACGGCAACGGCGGGUUCCCGAUCUAUGCCCUCGUUCCCAUCGUGGGAGUGUUUGUCAUUCUUCUCCUGAUCAUUUCGGUUGUGAUUGUCUUCUGCGUAACGCAGCAGGGCCGAAUUCGCAAGCGUUUGCAGCCGAAAUUAAUGCCCCGGCACCAGCCACUGACAAGGCCCCAAAUGAACAGUUUUCCUAUGCAGCCGUCGUCCAAUAUCUACAGUGUAGAGUCCUCUACAGCCACACACAGAGAGGCAAUGACAAGUUUCAAUGGAAUGACAGAGUACCGAGAGUCCCACUCCCCCAUAUCACACCACAGUCCGCUCGCUCGCUACAGUCCUCUCGUGUCGCACCCACCCAGUUCCGCCGUUUUUCCAUCAGAGAGGUACCAUCACCACCGGCACAUGAUUCCUAGACCGCGCAGCCGGCGAAGCAACGUCUCUGUGAGCUACUCCCACCGGCCCCUGUCGGAAGUCACGCUGGAAGAACUUCCGAGAAGUCACCACCACACCUUCUCGCCCGCUAUGAUGGGUGUCCCCAAUCCCCUCAGACCUACAACCAGGAGCUCGAGUGUGUACGAAGCCGGGGAAGAGGAGAGCGGGUACCUGUCCACACCAAACCCAUCUAUCGCUGCCGGCGACGAGCCAGUUCGACUAGUCCUCAGAAGACCUGCUGUAGAGGAGGUUUCACCACUCCCGCGAGAUGUCAGUGGUAAUCCCGAAGACGUCAGUGGUGAUCCCGAAGACGUCAAUGGUGAUCCCGAAGACGUAGAAGAACGUGAAGAUGAAAGUUGCGAGCAACAGCUACAAGACGAGACAGUCGGUGGAGCAGUGGAUCAUAUUCAAGAGAGGGGAGCUUCUACUACUGAUCUUGCUACUGACCACCAAGAUAACAGCAUCUCACGAUCUACUACAACACCAGUUCCUCCAGACCAGGGGGAAACUCCCGCCCAAGGUGAGGAACUUGAAUUCCCUGAUGACGAGGAGAACAUUGGACACCAUUCAAACGAUGCUCGUGCGGUCGGCACACCCCCGGCAGACCCAAAUCUUCCCCUACUUCCCGAGAGUCGACCAGUCAGUUCGGCAGCUUCUGUGACUGACGGCAGAAACAGCCACGCCCCCUCUCCUUCAGACCUUCAAACUCUCUUCAGAACCCACAACCCCAUUCUCAAACGCACCGAAUAUUGGGUAUGA